AUGAAGAUUCAAGACAUUCUUCCUCAAGAGGAUGUGCCGUGGUACGAAUACUUUGACUUUUGGCCAGCCGAUGAUGAGGGAGUCGCUGAAAGCCACAAAGAGCAAUCGCUUGCGCUUGCUGUCGAAGAAGAACACGAACAUGUGGAAACCCCAGAGAUGAUCGCGGAGCGCGAAGAAACCAACAAGAGAAUUGAGGAAAUAUAUCGACGCUACGAGGCAUAUCUAUCUGGCGAGGAACCGCCAACGGAUAGCGAAUUCGGCUUCAGCUGUCCGGAAUCUGAGGUCGAUCCUUCGGAAGAUUACAAUCAGGUCGCAGAGAACGUCGUGUUGGGGCUCGAUGAGUGGUUGGAGGAGCCACAGGAUCUUCCGGUAGUUCUCGACGAAAGGAUAAUCCAUCCCGAGUUAGCCUCCACUAGCAGAGCCUUGCUUCCUGCUAGCGGAGAUACGCAAAACAUCGAUGGUCACGGCUCAAGCUCACUCUUGGGUCGUGACGAAGACAUUUUGGGUGGCUCCGCCACCAAAAGGAAACGGGCACCCCGCAUCCUACUAGCGGUCCGUGAGGACGACGGGACCGAGCCCGCGCUCCCAGUGGGAGAGGAUGGAUACGCCGACCCACACGCCGUUCUCCGUCGUUUAUCGAAUCGGCUCAAUGGGCUCAGUGGCCUAAAGCGCCUCCAAACGCAAUGUUAUGAUCGAAUCUUCGUCCCAUCUGCAGAAAAGGCAACAAUCGACUAUCAAGCAGGCACUAUCCAGUGCAACUACGGCGCAUCCAUUGCGCAUAAGGGAAGAGGGGAGUGGGUGACACUGGAAGAGAUGUGCGGAACGACGAUGAAUAGCCGGGAGAGCUACAGUCGACAUGUUGUCUGUUCCCAUAUCAUCGACGGCCGUCCUCCCACUGGAGAGACGAUGGAUGAGAGGAUCGUACAUCGUCUUUACCGCUCGCUGGUCGCCAUUGGGGACUUUGAAGCGGCGAGCCAGCUCAACCGGACAAAGUCAAAAAAGAGAGUCGGAAAAGCGAGAAAGGGAGCAGAGAAAAAGAAGGCCAAGGGAAAGAAGAGGAAGUUCGCUGACGAAAACGAGUACAGCGCGGACGACGAGGAUCUGCAGUAUGUGCCCACAAAACGUCGUCGAGCCGAUAGCUCGUGA